AUGCUGGGCUUCGACGUCGACUUCAAGCGCUACCGAUGGGCAAUCAUCUACUGCUCCAUCUCGGCCAUCGGCGCCCUCGUCUUUGGAUAUGACAACACCUACUAUAGCGGUAUCCUGGGCAUGCAACAAUUCAAAAACGACUAUGGCGGACAAUAUACCGACGGUCAAAAAGCGCUGACCACAAGUUUCACAUCUCUAACAACCUCCAGUAUCUACAUUGGCGAUAUGGUGGGUGCUCUGAUCUCGGGGCCACUGAAUGACACCUUUGGUCGAAAGACAGUUUUGUGGAUUGCCUCGUUUCUUGUACUGGCUGGAGGKACUGUACAGGKUGCUGAUACCCAUUAUGAGGGAGUAUUUGUGCUUGGUCGGAUCCUUAUUGGUCUUGGUGUUGGCAAUUUUACUGUGACUUCGCUCCUCUAUAUGGGAGAAGUCGCUCCAAUUGAAAUCCGAAGUCCAGCCCUCUACAUGUACCAAUUCCUCCAAUCUUGCUCCCAACUCGUCGCCUCAGGAGUAACCCAAGGCUGCAAUUCCCUCAACACUUCCCUAGGCUACAAACUGCCCAUGGGCGGACUCAUCAUCUUACCAUUAGCCAUGUUCAUAUGGCUCCCCUUCAUCCCCGAAAGUCCAACAUGGUACGUAUUCCGCGGCAAGCCCGAGAGUGCCGCAGAAUCAUUACGAAAGAUUCAUCGCAACGAAGCUGGUUACGAUCCAUCGGCCGAUAUUGCAUUUCUGGAACAGGCUAAAGAGUACGAAGAAGAGCAGGCGAGCGCGUCUUCGUGGAAGUCGUUGCUAUUUGACAAGAUUGAGCGAAAGAAACUUCUCUGGGCUGCGGGUGGCAUGUACGCACAGCAGAUCUGUGGCAUUAUUUUCUUCUACAACUACGGUGUCGUCUUCGCAGAAGAACUAGGUGUCUCGCAACCCUUCACAAUCACGUUGAUCACCAUGAUCCUGCAAAUCUUCGCGGUAGCCGCCUCCGUACUGCUGGGCAACAGAUUGGGUCGUCGAACAAACCUUCUCGUCAGCACGAGCAUGAUCUUCGUCGCGUUCAUGAUCAUCGGCGGCAUCGGGACGCAAAAGAACCUCUCGACGGCCUCGAAGUACAUCAUCGUCGUCUUCUCAUACGUCGUGAUCUGCGCAUACAACUUUGGUCAGGGACCGUUGACGUACGCUAUUACACGAGAACUUUCCGUCGGCGUAAACCAGAACAAAAUCAUGUCCGUCUCCGUCGUUGCGCUGUAUUUCUUCCUAUGGCUCAUUUCAUUCACUGCGCCGUACCUCUAUACAAAUGCCGGGUUGGGUCCUAUGGUCUGCUUUGUGUAUGCCGGUCUUACGUUGACUUCUUUGGCUUGGGUGUGGUUUUGUGUUGGGGAAACUCAAGGUCGGACUCAGCUUGAGAUUGCUGCUUUUUUUACAGAGGGUGUGCCGGCGCGGAAGUGGAAGACGCAUGUCUUUACUGGGAUUGAGCAUGGUGGAAAAGAGGCCUUGGAUGUUGAGGAGAAGACGAAUGUGCAUCAUGCUGAGUUUGGCGAUGCAGCGUAG